AUGCUUAAAAAUAUAUUCCAUCGAAAAUAUUUAAAUCAUUCAUUUUCUGACUGGAUUAGUUUAAUUUCAAAUUUAUUUAUUCCACUUAUUAUUGGUAUAUUAGCAAUUGUUCUUCCAUUACAACAAGAAGAUUUGAAUGAAGAUCAUAUUGAACAUUCUCGAAUAUCAGCAUUUAAUCAUCGUUUAACAAGUAUGGAAUCAUUACAUGAUCAACAACAACAAAUUAUAUUAAAUACUUAUCAACAAGAUUUAACUAAUCUUAUUUUUAAAUAUAAUUUAUUUAAAAAUUCGACUGAUAAACGUAUUUCAUUAAUUAUUCGUACAAAAACAUUCCAUACGUUAAGACAACUUGAUCCAAUAAGAAAAGUAUUUCUUAGACAAUUAUUGAUUGAUAGUGGUAUUCAAUAUCGUAUUAAUAUAUCUUAUACAGAUUUAUCAUCAUUAAUUUUUCCACAAGGAUCAUUUUAUAAUCAAUUAAAAUUUACUAAUAUUCAAGCAGAAAAUUUAUUAUUAAAAAAUAUCUAUUUAUAUCAGAGUAAUUUUUCAUAUUCAAUAUUAGAUAAUUCAUUAUUUCUCGAUUCAAAUUGUUCGUAUGCAGAUUUUAGUUAUACAUCAUUACAAAAAACCGACUGGACAAAUACAGAUGUUACACAAAUUAUUUUUAAUUAUACGAAUUUAUAUGGCGCAAAAAUUACACAAGAACAAUUAGAUAAAGUGCAAAGUUUACAAGGUGCUAUACUUCCAAAUGGUUCAACUGUAGUUGGUUAA